UUGCUAGUGUACUUGAUAAUAUACUAAAAUAUAAAAGUAAUACAAAUUAAAAAAAUAUUAAACUGGAAAAUGCCUUCACAUGCUGUCGUAAACUUUCUACUUCACUUCUGAAGCUGUAGCCAAAUUAAGAGUUUGAAGAUUAGACUAUUUUCAGUUAAUAUCUUACAGAUUUGUAGCUUCCCAUUCAUUAGUAACCAUAUAAACAUUCACAGCAAUAUCUAGAUACAUAUUCCGCUGGCCGACAGUUUAUAAUUUUGAAUAAUUAAAUGCUAUUUCCCAGUGUUCACUCCAUACAAUAUGCAUUCAAUUGUAAUUUAUAUACAAUUUGGAAAACUUCGAGAACAGUAAAUGGGAGACUAAAACAAAUAUAUUUUGCAUUCCUAUUGGGUUUUUAAUUAAAAAAAACUUUGAAGGAACAUGCUGGAAUUAGGAGCACGUGAUUAAAGUAACCAAUGAGAGUGCUAGAAUGCUGCAUCGCUAAUAAGCUGUUAUUCUGGUUCUGACCGGUUUCAUUCCUUCUUCGGUGCUUGCUCUGUGCGUUAUAUGUGAUUUAUUCCUGAGGUAAUUUCUGUGUUUUCUUUUCAAAUUUGCGCAAAAUUUGAAAAUGUUAAAUCAAUUAAUUGAAGAUAAAGUAGUUUCAGGCGUGUAAUUAAUUAUGAGUGAAUUAUUUGUUGUCAUUUAAAUGAUUAACGUUAAACCUUUUGAGGAUCCACUAUUCACCUCAGCUUGUCGGUUAGUUUACAGUGAAUGGAAAUACUUCUUUUUUUAAAAGUAAUUUAACCUUUACUACACGGGAAAAUUAGUAUGAUUUAAUUGUGUGAAAUUAAAUUUCUUUUGUUUUAAAUUUUUAAUUCUAUUUUCAUUGAUGUUUGUACAAUGAUUGAUCCAUGGCUUUUGAUCCAAGCAAUUGUGGAAAUAAUUGAAGAUUUAGAGGCUGAAGUAAAAAGUAAAUUCAAUUGGGAAUUCGUGUGAUUAACUGAUUUAAAUGUUGAGUAUUAUCGGUUUUAAUAAAUGUACCUAGAGCCCUCAAAAGCGUGUGGAACUCAUUCGGCAAAAGACCGCGAAAAUCUAGACUAUGACGGGGAAACUCCUUUGGGUGGCGCUGUGGCCCCUUUCUAGAAAAUUCAUUUACAUAUUUCACUCGGUGCAUAAAAUGGCGUCUGUGAGAUUCGGCGACUCGAGUGUGUGCAUGUGUAUUUCUGGUCUUUGAGACGCGCACAUUAACUGUAAUUGAAACUUUAAUACGAAACUAGGUAGGCUGGCCACGCAAGUGUCAUUAAUGUUUCUGAAAUUAAUAUCAAAGACGAGAAAACACCGUCGUCAACAUUUUUGGGUACCUCUGUGUGGUAACGUUGAUUCAAGAUAAUAAUAAAAAAAAACUAGCCUGAAUGCCCUGCUAAAUGUAUAAAUGAAAAUGUAAGAUAUAAUGUGGAGAUUGUAUCAGUCUCUGCAGAGUUGAUUUUGUUCUGACUGAUAUUAAUAAGAUCAUUGGUAGCUACACUUGGCAACUUUUAAGCAAGAAAGGUAGAAAUAUGUAAUUUGUGCAUUUACCUUAGGGAAAAAAUACAUUGUGAGGCUAUAUAUACACACCACGAGUUCAACGCAUAUUCUUCAUCUCAUGCAACUAACGUUAGCCCAUCAGAAUUAACGUUAAUCUGGAAGCUCUCUGAAUAUAUGUUUUCAUGACUUUUUUUUUUUUUUUUUUUUAAUCUCCAGAAUCUUUCCUGCCUAUCUCCUUGCGGUUUUUGAUUGAUUGCUUGCUGUAACCCUGAGAAUUGUUCCUGCCCAUCUCCUUGCAACUUUGAUUGUGAGUGUUGUAUACCUGAGAAUUGUUCCUGCCCAGCUCCUUACGGUCUUUGAUUGUGCGCUUGUUGUAUUCUAGAGAAUGGCUUCAAGAGGAAAUCCAUACAGCAGAGGAGAGCCGAUCCGGGUGCGCUGCGUGGGGUUGCGUACCAGCAGCAGAACAGUCUCUUUCAAAAAAGAGGCGGGGGUCAUCAAGCCCAAUAAAACAAGAGUAACAACACUUGCUGCUCUGUGGGAUGGAAACAAGGUCUACGUCUCCCCCCAAAACUCAGAAAAUUCUUUGUUUAGUGAAAAUACAACGUACUUUGUACGGAAUUACACACUGAGUAACAAAUAUGGCAAAGAUAGCUUAUUAGUUGAUCAUAAAUCAAGCGUAUUUAAAACUGCCCCAAUACCACUGAGCGAGAAGGAACGAACAGCAGCGAUGGAGGUACUCCUGCCUUCAUCAGUUGAUAAAUCUGGUGACGAGCACAAUCUCUUCGUGUGCGGAGGAUACAUCACCCUUAGAGGGGAGGUCAACAAUGUGAAGGUCAUAAGAAUGACCCAGUCGGAGAUGGGAGAAAUCCCCGUCUUAGACUUGGACCUGAAGUGUGGCAGCUCCAUACUAAGUGUAACUCUUUGGCGUGAUGAAGCCCUGAUACCACUGUCUCUGGACGAUGAAGUCGUAAUUACUCAUUUAAGACCAAGCUCUUCAAAUGGGGUCAACAAACUGAAUAGUUCCUCAUACACCUCAAUCAAGGUUGUUGAUCAAAAGCCAAUGGAGGAAGAUAUUGAAGUGGUUGGAGUAUCUGAAACGGAAGAGGGUCUCUGUCUUCUGACAAAAGACUUUAAGGAGUUCAUGACAACAACUGAUGUUUACAGCGUGUCAGUUGAUGAGAUGCUGGAAAUGCUGCCAGUUAAAUUACAUGUCGUACACCUAAAGAGGAGAAUCUUAAAAAUUGUACACCCACUGGUAAUGGAAGAGUAGUCUUAUUUCCUGAAAGGGAGAGAUAGUUCACCCAAAAAUGAAAAUUGUAUCAUUAUUACUCACCCUUAUGUUGUUACAAAUCU